AUGAAUUCCAAGACGUUGGAAAUAUUAAAUUUGAUGGAUGAGAAAUCCUUUAAAAAGUGCGAGAAAUUAAUAAAUGUAGGACUUAAGAGUAAAAAAAAUGAAAGAGUUUAUUUAUUAUUAAAAUGUUUACUACAUUCCUAUUUAAAUGAAAUAAAAGAAUGUAAAAACAUUCUGAACAAUAUAGAUUCUGAUGAAUUAGAUGAAAAUAUGUUUUAUAUAUUAGUAAAUAUAUAUAGUAAUAUAAAUGAAGAAGUAAAAUUAAUAGAUAUAUAUGAAGAUGUAUUAAAAAAGGUCGAUGUUAAUAAAAAUAAUAAUACUAAUUUAAAAUGUGUAAAUAAAAAUAAAAUGGAUUCAGAAAGGAUAUUAAAAAAUUUGUUUGAUUAUUGUUUAAAUAAUUGUUUUUAUAAAAGAGGUAAUCAAAUAUGUUUAAAAUUAUAUAAAAGUACAAAUGAUAGUAAAUAUUUAUUAUAUAAUAGUUUAUUAUUAUAUAUGAAUAAUGCAGAUAAUAAUAUUAAUGUUUAUAAUUUAUGUUUAAAUUUUUUAAAAAAUUAUCAGUGUUUAAAUACUGAUAAAAUUAUUGAAAAUUUUUCUUUUUUUUUAAUAUUAUUUUUUUUAAAUAUAAAAAGAAGAAAAUUUCAAGAAUGUUUAGAUAUAAGUGAAUAUGCUCAUAAAAAUGAUUAUUUAUUACAUCCAUUACAAUAUAAUAUAUAUAAAUUAUAUACCUAUCUAAUAUUUAAUCAGUUGGAUAAAUGUAUAGAUAUAGUAACAUAUUUAAUUAAAGAAAUACCAGAAAAUACAGAUUAUUAUAUUUUAUACAUGGAUAUUGUUAUUCAUUUAUUAAAUAAACAAGAUGAAAUGAUAAUACAUCAUUUAGCUUAUCAAAAAAAUGAAAAUAAUAUAUUUCAUAAUUAUAAAAAAAAUGAUUUAAUGUAUAUAGAAUUUUGUAAAAAGUGUUUUAUUAAUACAUAUAUUAAAAAUAAAACAAGUACAAAAUUUAUUCCUACGGAUAUAUCAGAUUUUUGGAAGAAUAUAAUCCAAACACAAAAUGGUACCAUCCAUUACAACAAUGAUAAUAAUAUAAACAUAAAAAAUAAUAAUAUGAAUAAUAUGAAUAAUAAUAAUCAUGAUCAUAAUUAUCAUUAUUAUAUGGAUGAUCUAAUACAAGAAAUUAUAGAUGAUAUAUUUUCCAUAUAUAAAAAUGUAUAUAAUAAAAUAUCAAAUUAUCAAUAUAAAGAAACUUAUAAUAAAAACAUACAAUAUAAUGAAUCAGAAUUUUUUCAUAUAAUUAAUAUGUUAGAUAAUAACAUAAAAAAUUAUAAAGAAGAUAUUUCAUUGAUAUAUAAAAAUAUCAAUACCAUUAAAGCAUUUCUAUAUUUCUUAUUUAUAUUUAUUUUAAAAGAAUCUGAAAAUUAUCAGUUAUUAUAUUAUAUCAAAAAUUAUAUUAGUUUUCUAAAUGAUGAUAUGGUAUCCAUAUUAAUAAUUUUUCUAACAUGUAUGAGAAAUAUUAUCUAUUCAUUAAUUCAAGAUGCAUUAAAAAAUAUAAAAUCAUCAAAUCAUAAUAAUAUACAAACAAAUACACAAACACAAUCUCCAAAAGAAACAGAAGAAAUUAAAUAUAGUAAAAGAAAAAUAUUAAACUAUUAUAAACAAAUAUAUAAUUUUGAAAAGCUAUUAUAUAUAUUAUACAAAAAUGAUGUAUCUAAAUCAUUCAAUAGAUUAUUAUCCUUAUAUUAUGAAGUAACUAAUGUUGUAAUUAUAACAGAUGAUAAUAUGGUUACCUUAUUAGUUGAAAUGGCUUUAUAUUUAGAUAAAUGCAAUGUAUAUAAAACAAACAAUCAUUUAAGUAUUAAUAAAAAUAUUUAUACUAUGUUGUCAAAAUUUUUUGGUAUACAUGAUAUGAAGAUGGAAAUUAGUGAAUAUAAAAGUGUGCAAGAUUUUUUAAAUUUAAUUGAUUAUUCAAAUGAAGGAAUAAAUAACAAUCAUAUGAAUGAUAUAAAUAAUAUGAAUAAUGUGAAUAAUAUGAAAAAUAUGAAUAAUAUGUAUAGUAUAAACAAUAAUGUUGAUCAUAAUUAUAUAAUGUCAAAUAAUUUUUCUUAUAAUAUUUUAUCAGAACUAAAUGAUUUAGAAAAGAAAAAAAAAAAACAUAUAUCACAUGAUAUAAAAUUAAUACAUAGAGGAUAUUAUUUGAUUGCAUUAAGUUUAUUAAAAUAUGCUCAUCAGUAUAAUAUGAAAUUAACAAAUAAUAAUAAUGAAGAAAAAAAAAAAAAACCAGUAUUAAAUAAUGAAUAUAUAAAUGUAUUAGUAUUAAAAAUAUAUCUAAAUAAUAUUAUAGGUAACUUUUCUAAUCUUUCAAUGAUUACAGAAAAAUUAAAUAUUAAAAAUAUACAACUAAUAACAUUUUCACCAAUAUUAUUUAUGCAUACAUAUUAUUAUUCUUAUUAUGAUACAUAUAUAGAUAAAAUAUUAAAAAAUAUAUUAAAUUAUUAUACUGUUCAACAAAGUACUCUAAAAAAUACCAUACCGAAAUGUUUUCAAAAUAAUUCUUCAUUUAAAAUUAAUGAAAUUAUUAAUUCUUAUUUUUUAAAUUCAUCUAACAUUAUGAUGUAUUAUAUAAAAUUAAUAUAUCUAUUUAAAAAACAAAUUGAGGCACAAAAAGGAGUUUUCCAUUUUCAUCUUUUUAGCAGUUUGAAAAAUUUCUAUUUAAGUGACCUUGAACAUGUUACUAAGUUUCCCAUAUCAAAGGAAUAUAAUAAUAAUAAUAAUAAUAUUAAUGGGAACUAUAACAAUAAUAAUAUUAAUAAUAAUAAAGGAAUUAAGGGCCAUGCACAAAUAAAACUUAUAAAAGAUAGAAAUAACCAAAAUAAUAAAGAUAAUUCAAUUAAUAAUUAUAGUUCAACUAAUAAUUAUAGUUCAACUAAUAAUUAUAGUUCAACUAAUAAUGAUAGUUUAACUAAUAAUGAUAGUUUAACUAAUAAUGAUAAUUCAACUAAUAAUGAUAAUUCAACUAAUAAUGAUAAUUCAACUAAUAAUGAUAGUAAUUGUUGUGAAGAUACAUUAGACACUGAUAUAAAUGAACCACCAAACAAGGAAGAAAAGAAAUACACAAAACAAAAAAUAAUUUUAAAAAAAGAUAAUAUAAUACAAAAAAUAAUGUUUGGUGAAAAUAAAAAUUUCCCAUUAUAUUUAUUAAUUAAAUUAAACAAUGAUAAUAUAAAUGAAACAUAUCCUUUUAAAGAAUUAUAUUCCAAAUUGUUAUUAAAUAAAUAUCAUUUUUUAAUUAUAGAUAAUCAAGUAGUUUUAAUGAAAUAUAAUAUUCCAUCAUUUCAUUUUUCUUUUUAUAAAUCAUUUGACACAUUCUUUUUUAAUAAUAUAUUAUACGAAUCAUUAGAUGAUAUGGAUCAUUUUCAAUAUUUGAAAAAAAUUAAAGUAUUAACACCUUCAGAAGUAUGUGGAGUACAUAUGAUAAGAGAUAUAAAAACUAUAUAUCCUAUGAUAUUCUUAUCUAACUUUUAUAAUAAUAAAGGAAGUGUUCAGAUAGCUAGUCACGAACAUGUAUCUAAUAUAACAAAAAUGACUGAUCUAUUUGGUAUUCCAUCAAUUAGUACUGACAAAUAUUUCCAUUGUCAACAUGAACAAAUGAAAAAUAUUCAUAAGGACUAUACCAAUGAUUAUACAAUUCAUAAUUCAUUAAAUUAUAAAAAUAAAAUAUGUGAAUGUAAUAGUGAUGAUAUUGUCUCAUAUGAAAAUUUAAAAAAAUAUGCAGAUUAUUCAAUAAAAUCACAUGAAGUCAACUUUUACACAAAUCCUAAUACAUACGUAUCAUUAGAUAAAGAUAAUUAUAUUUAUAAAAAUAAAUAUAUUUUUAGACAGAAUAAAUAUAAUGAUCAAUUUAAUCAAUACUCAAAAUAUUCUCCUUUUGAUAAUUGCUUAACUGAUCUUUUUAAUUAUCCAAUACAAAUGAUAUAUAUAAAUUCUAUCAUACUCAAUACAAUUACAUAUAUAUUUCACAAGGCAUAUUAUUUUAAUACAUUCCAAGAGGAUAAAAUAAAAAAAAAAAAACUUAAGAAAGUAAAAUGUGCAUAUUCCUAUUUGUUAUAUAUUAUUUAUUAUUAUGAAUUGACUGAAUAUGAAAAGGAACCUAGUGAUAAUAAUACAGAACUCUUACCUAUGAAUGCCAAACAAAAUAUUACUAAUGUUAAUAAUUAUAUGGACAUGAAUUAUAUCAAUAUUAUAAGUAAUAAUCAUCAUAAAAAUGAAAAUAUUCAUAAUAAUAAUAAUAUGAAUAAUCACAUUAACAACAACAAAAAUAAUAAUAAUAAUAAUAAUAAUAAUAACAGUUGUAAUAAUCAUAUUAAUUACAAUAAUUAUAAUAAUCAUGUUAAUUAUAAUAACGAUUUAUAUGAAUAUUCAGAUCUUUUAUUAGAUCAAAAAAAGAAAUGUACAGUCAUCAAAAAUAAAACUAACUAUCAAUAUGAUUCUAAUCAAUCAUUUCUCUUCAAUGAAAAAUUAGGAUACUACCCAUACAUAGACAAUCAUGAUAAUUUACAAGCUGCUUUUCAUAAUGAUAUAUAUACAUAUAUUUCUUGUAUGCAUUAUAAAUGCUCAUUAGCCAUUAUUUAUAUGUACUUAGAAAUAUUAGAAGACAAAGAUAUAUAUGAAUCGGUUAACACUAUACAAUCUUUAUACAAUGAUAUAUAUAUAUAUUUAUUCAAUAACAUACAUUAUUAUCAAAAGAUAUUAACUAAUGAUAAUUCCUACCAGAUUAUUAAUUUAUCUUGUUUAUUUAAACAUUAUAAUUAUCUUGUUCAAAAUAUCACCAUCUUCUCAUUAAUAAUACAAUCAAUAUAUAUGGAUAAAAAAAAAAUUACUUCACACAAUAAUAAUGAUAAUAUCAAAAAUUUAGUCCAUACACAAAUUAAUUUAUUAACAACCUUAAAUCAAAAAUUAAAUUCCUUGUUAAAUAUUCUAGAGAAUUAUACCUCGCAAGCAACUGUUUGCCCUUCAUUCUUACAGAACUCAGAGCAUGAAGUGGUCAAAGAAAUCACCUUGUUUUAUAAAAACCAUGUUACUAAUUUGUGUAAUAAAAUUAAUAAUAAAAUUAAUAUUAUCAAAGGUUAUGCAUAA